AAAAAGUUAGAGUGAGAGGUUACUCUUUUCAUCAGUUCUCAGUGUGAAAGUAUAAAAGCGGCAGAGGUGGGCGGCUGUAUGGACUGAAAGCAGUGCGUUCAUACCAGAGAGGUAAUUUAGCGACAUCUAACGUUUAACAGCUGCAGUAGAUAAACUGGUUUUCCAUGACGUUGCUUUGACAUGCUAUUUUGUUUCUGUAAAUAACAUGGUGCACAAAGAAUUGACAUUUUUAUGCUGCACAUAAUUAACAUCUCAUAUAUCAAACUUUAAAUGAAAGGAUUCUUUUUUUUUUGCAGACUUUGUAAAUAAAGUUUACUUUGAUUACAUUAUAGUAUUUUUAGAGAGAUUUAAAGUUCCUUUUUUUCUUAUUUUUAUUUAAUUUUUUUAGGAAAUACAAAAGUUAAAUAACCUUGUAGGUCGCUCUGUAUGAAUAUUACUACAGAUGAUGAUAACAACAUCUAUAGGGAUGGUUUUGGGGAAAUCCCCAUAUGCAAACUCAUAACCUGACACAUACUCACAUUUAAAAGUUUUUAAAUAUCAUUUCUUAAAUUUAAAACGUGUUUGGAAGCAAACCAGUCUGAGUGCAUAAUCUAUCUUAAGUAUUUCUUUGUCAAUCUAUCCUUUACAUCAGCAUAUCUUUGAAUCAGGAACAGGUGAAGCUAAGUUUUGAAGUGGAGGCAGGGCGGGAAGUAGCUGCUGCUGCAGCUAAAUGUGAAAGUUUCAGUCUGCCUCCGCUCUCCUGACAGGCUCACUGCUUUGCCACUAGUUACCUUACAGUCGACCAUGGAAGAGGAGGAGGACACCUACCCAGAGAUGAGACGUUUCCUCCACCUGUGGCCCCUUCCGAGGCUGCGUUCCCAGAGUGACGUCUCCGGGUUCCGCUCCAGAGUGUUGCUCAGGCUCCGGGGAGCCCGUUCAGUUGACGGCCUGGAGAAGUCUGCCGUGGCCAGCUGUGACGUCGUGGUGGACAACGCCACUGGGAGUCAGAAUGCCCAUUCAUCCCGACAGCAGCAGCAGCAGCGAGGCAAACUGCCCUCACUGGGGAAGCUCUUCAAACCCUGGAAGUGGAGAAAGAAGAAAUCCAGUGAUAAAUUCCAGGAUCUGUCUAAAGUUCUAGAGAGAAAAAUCUCCACCAGACAAACACGGGAGGAGCUCAUCAAGAAAGGAGUCCUCAUGCCCGAACAAAAUGAACCGAUCAAUAGUGAAAACCUGAACGGCCAUACGAUGUCCAGUUUGACUGCAGAGGAAGUGAAAGUAGAUAUAGAGUCUUCAGAAACUCAGUUGCAGGAACAAGCUACUGGACCAGUUAAGACUGGAGAGAAACCAGAGAAGUGUGACACUAAACCGCCUGGCCGGGCAAACCAGGCACGAGCCCGAGACGCCCAAGCUAAAAAACAGCAAAGUGCCACCGCACCAGCAUCUGCUAAACCCGCUGGGGGCACGGGCACUACGGCCAGGCACAAAGAUGGUGCGUCUGCUGCUAAAAAGACCACUAAAACUACAGGCAAGACUGGCACAUCCCAGCAGGCGAAAGCUAACCCGCGGCAUACUAACACUGCUAGCCGAGGGAAUGCCAAAUCCUCCCACCCAAAGAAAACAGGAUGCACAACGAAAACCACCCCAACCUCCACAUCAACAGCUCGAUCUCGAGUGUCUAAAGAUGCUGGUGCUGCUGCAGCCCAGAGUGAUGGGAAAGACGCAAAGCCCAGCCGGAAAUCGGACUCUCACGCUUCCUCAUUACCUCAUAAAGCUUCCAAAGCAGCUGCAGAGACUCCCAGCCAACCUAGAGACUCAAAAUCCUCCCAUAAUUCUCCAGACACAGAGCUCCUGCCCCCUAAGGCCUCAGCCAGCGAGACGGAGGUAACUCACGCUGCUUCUCAACACGAUCAGGAGCCCAAAUCCGUUCCCAGCGGUUCAGCUGCAGAGGAGGAGGCAAGCAAAAAACUUGUUCCUGAAACCACAGAUAGGCGUUCCCAUGUCAACGUUGUCACAGAGGACACAUCCUUUACAGCUGGAGAGACACAAAACAUCCCGCAGGGGAACGGACAGGGACGGCCGGAUGAGGAGGGAGAAGAUGGAAACAAGAAAGAAGAAGCCGAGUGUGGUGUGAACAACAGCCCGAGGCCGGCAGAGAGCGGCGCAGAAAAGCCGUCGGGUUUGAGCGUUAAAACGGAGUAUGCAGAGGUGACCAUCAUCCCAGACAGACCGAGAGACAGCCAGACCAGCGACUCCGACUCAGACGGACCAAUCCUCUAUCGAGAUGAAGAAGAGGAAGAGGAGGACGAUGAAUACACAAACAGUACGUCUUUGGCAAGUAAGAUUCGCCGGCGAGACACGCUGAACAUCAAACUAGGCAACCGCCCCAGCAAACAAGAACUGGAGGAGAAAAACAUUCUUCCUCGGAGCUCCGAGACAGAAAGGCAUGAGCUGCGCCAGCAGAUAGGCUCCAAACUAGUCAGGCGCCUGAGCCAAAGACCCACAACCGAGGAGCUGGAGCAGAGGAACAUCCUCAAACAAAAGAAUGAGGCGGAGGAGCAAGAAGCCAAACAGGAGAUUAAGAGGAGGCUCACCAGAAAGCUGAGCGUGAGGCCGACGGUGGCGGAGCUCGUGGCUCGGAGGAUACUUCGUUUUAACGAGUACGUGGAAGUAACGGACGCCAAGGAUUACGAUCGGCGGGCCGACAAACCGUGGACUCGCCUGACUCCUGCUGACAAGGCUGCUAUCCGUAAGGAGCUGAACGAAUUUAAGAGCCGAGAGAUGGAGGUUCACGAAGACAGCAAGCAGUUUACCAGGUUCCACCGACCGUGAUUCGCCAUCACAUCUCAGCUCCUGGCGGCCCACCUUUCCCUCCAUUUCUUUUGGAAUCCCGUCUCUCUCUUUCACAUGAAACUCCGGCUCCACUUAGCAGGGAAAGCUGUAGAACUGAGCCCACAGUCCAGUGAGCUUUCCCUGCUGCAGCCCUUCUGUGAAGAGCUUCCUUUGUCUGGGAUUCUGCCUAUUUAUGUCUGUAAUGACAGCUACAAAUGUGUCUUAAGGCCUCGGCCGUUUACAGGCACCAAUUCAACGUUUGCACAUAUCUGGAGUGACAACAGUGGUGUGUAUUUCUCGCCCUUUAGAAGCUUAUUUAUUGUAGUUUUUUUUUGUCACGGACAGCAGAAACAAUCUUUUAGAACACAGCAGUGGAGUGUGCUGUGGAGUAUUUGUGUGUUUAGUUCAAGACAGACGCCAAAAACGGGCGUUCAAUCCCAGGUUUCUAGACCGUUUAAAACGACACUGCCACCAGAGGGCGCUGCAUCUACAGAAUUAAGACAUAUUGCAGGUGUUUUGUUAUAAAGAAGCCAUAGAGCACUGAGGUUUAUAAAGGGCUGGAUCUUCACUAAGUGGAGAUAAGUACAUUUGUGUUUUGGAGAAAAAAGCAUCAUUUAGUUGGAGAAAUUCACGUAAAAGUGUUAUUGAACCGAAUCUCCAUCCCCUCCAGCACAGAGACGUGGGUCUGUUAAUAACCCCAGCACUGUUUGUCAAGCACAAAGAUUAAUUAAAUCUCAACCUUUUUUCUGUUUUAGCAAUCAAAAGCCUUUUUAUUUUUUAUUUUACUCUCAAUAUUGAGCCUUUUAAAGAACUUUUAAUGAAGGCUUUAAGUGCACCAAGUAGGAAUUUAUUUCCCUUUUAAAUGUACAAUUGCAUUCAGAUUUAGUGAUCCAUUAAGCAAAAAUCAAUCAUUACGAUGCAUAAUCAUGCAUUUGGUCGACGGAUAAAUCAAAGCUGUUUCUCACUAUUUGGCAGGGCUUCAUUAGUGAUCUCUCCACGUAGACAUUAUUUAGCAGAAGAAGUUGUUCCUGCUGCUUCAGAAUGUGCCAGAGUUGAAGGAAAUGAUGUACAGGAAACAAGCCAACAGUAUUCAUUCAUGUCUGUGUUGUAUAUUGUUUUGUUUUUUUUGUACAGAGUGUAUAUCAAGCAUGUGCAUACAAUGAAAUCCAUGUAGCUUAAAGAUAUGAUAUAAACUGCUGUGAACGUU